AAAGCAGAACGACAAAAAGAAUUUCGACGUACUGGUGUUGAUCCUGAAUACGUCCACUACUAUGAUAUUGCUACAGGUAGCCUUGACAUUCGUUCUAUUGGAAAGGUGUACGGCGUACCGAAUAUCUACCAGGACGUCCGCAACACCCAUGAUAUCAACAAAGUAGAGGAGAAAUUAGCGGACCUCGAACAUCAUGCGGCCUCCAUUAUCACGGACUUGCAUAAAGCGCUCCCUCAGGGUACUUUCGGGCCAUCAGAGAACCUGUCGCUAGAGCUCCUGAGGAAAUUCCUGUUUAUUAUGCAUUAUCGCAAUGCAUCCUAUUCCGGCACUUACUUUCAAGCGGAUCACCCGGAUAAUGCAAGCAGCCGUCAGUGGAUUGAGUCCUUCAUGAAGGCAAAGGGCAUUCAUUCCGCUGUCGGAGUAUGGCUACACUUCCUCGAAUAUUACCUGGACUCAUCUCAUUCAGACAUCAUGCGAGAUGCUGCAAAAGUCGUAGAGAAGUACGGUGAAGAAAGACUUCAAAACAUGAUAACUGAAUCGCAUAUCCCACCUGAUCUCGAACACUUCCCAGCUUACACUUACCACACUCACGCGAGCAACUACUUCUUCAGUAUAUGGGAAGCCGCGGAAGGAGAAGAAUUUAUCCUAACACACAGCGCAUUUGGCUUGUGGGAAGGCUUGGCAGAUGGCUACCCCGACUUGCACCGCAUAUUCAUAGUCAGCCCUCGCAUUGCUCUCAUCCUGUGUAAUGCUGUAUUACGUCCAGAGAUGAAAGCGAUAGCAUACAUAACGCGGGUUUCGCUCAGGAGCUCCUUGCUCAACGUGAAUCCAGCACCACCAACUCCCAUUUACGCCAAUGGACAAGACGGUACACACAUCAGCCAUGCAGAUCCGAAUUCUGCGAUAUCACUUGCACGUUACAGAUCCUCCCAGACAGGGGCGAACGACAGUUUUGUGUUCAAGAUCGCAAAACUAUCGCAACGCCAGACAUCGGAACUCAAUUCCGUUCUAUUAGUCAAUGUGAAGCAAACGGGCUCUUUGACCUUCCUGUCAAGGGGGAGUAUGCUCCGCACUGCGCGCGCGUUC